AUGAUGCCGUUGAGACCGUCCAACAGCGCAAUGCGUGCUCUGCAUUGCCAGAGGUAUCUUGCCUCUGCCCGGAGGCCCUUCUCCUCCUCCUUGGCCGCCGCGACGCCGUCCGCCCACCGCUCUAUCCAGACGUCGAAACGAAACCAGAGCACUGUGGCUGCUGCUUCAGAUGCUAGACCGAGACCCAGUCCCGCCUUCAACCAGGAUCCUCAGCGGAAUGAGGCCUCACCGCUGCACAACAGACAGCUCUCGGAGCUCGACGACUCAUUUGUCGGUCUGAGCGGUGGCGAAAUUUUCCACGAGAUGAUGCUGAGACUUGGCGUCAAGCAUAUCUUUGGUUACCCUGGUGGUGCCAUUCUCCCCGUCUUCGAUGCGAUCUACAACUCGGAGCACUUCGACUUCAUCCUCCCGAGGCACGAGCAAGGUGCCGGUCACAUGGCCGAGGGUUAUGCCCGUGCUUCUGGCAAGCCGGGGGUCGUCCUCGUCACCUCUGGCCCCGGCGCCACUAAUGUCAUCACCCCCAUGCAGGACGCCCUGUCCGAUGGUACCCCCAUGGUUGUCUUUACCGGGCAGGUCGCGACCGCCGCCAUCGGUACCGACUCCUUCCAGGAAGCCGACGUCGUCGGCAUCUCGAGAGCCUGCACCAAGUGGAACGUCAUGGUCAAGAACGUCGCCGAGCUGCCCCGUCGCAUCCAGGAGGCCUUUGAAAUCGCCACCAGCGGCCGCCCCGGCCCCGUCCUCGUCGAUCUCCCCAAGGAUGUCACCGCCGGCAUUCUCCGGAAACCCAUCCCCAUGAACAGCACCAUCCCGGCCCUGCCGAGCGCCGCCACCCUGGCCGCCCGUGAGCUGAGCAUGAAGCAGCUCGAGGGAAGCAUCGGCCGCAUCGCCCGCCUCGUCAACAUCGCCAAGAAGCCCAUCCUCUACGUCGGCCAGGGCCUGCUCGCCCGCCCCGAGGGCCCCGAACUGCUCAAGGAGCUGGCCGAAAAGGCCUGCAUCCCCGUCACCACCACCCUGCAGGGCCUCGGGGGUUUCGACGAGAUGGACCCCAAGUCCCUGCACAUGCUCGGCAUGCACGGCUCCGCCUACGCCAACAUGGCCAUGCAGGAGGCCGACCUGAUCAUCGCGCUGGGCGCCCGUUUCGACGACCGGGUCACCCUCAGCAUCGCCAAGUUUGCGCCGCAGGCCAAGCAGGCCGCCGCCGAGGGCCGUGGUGGCAUCGUUCACUUCGAGAUCAUGCCCAAGAACAUCAACAAGGUGGUCCAGGCCAACGAGGCCGUCGAAGGCGACUGCGCCGAUAACCUGCGCCUCCUCCUCCCGCACGUCAAGCCCGUCAAGGAACGCCCCGAGUGGUUCGAGCAGAUCAACUACUGGAAGUCGCGCUUCCCCCUGUCCCUCUACGAGCGCCAGACCCCCGAGGGCCCCAUCAAGCCCCAGGCCGUCAUCGAGAAGCUCAACGAGCUCACCGCCCCCAUCAAGGACCGCACCAUCAUCACCACGGGUGUCGGCCAGCACCAGAUGUGGGCCGCCCAGCACUUCCGCUGGCGCCAUCCCCGCACCAUGAUCACCUCGGGCGGUCUGGGCACCAUGGGCUACGGUCUGCCCGCCGCCAUUGGCGCCAAGGUGGCCCGCCCGGACUGCCUCGUCGUGGACAUUGACGGCGACGCCUCCUUCAACAUGACCCUCACCGAGCUCUCGACCGCCGCCCAGUUCAACAUCGGCGUCAAGAUCCUGGUCCUGAACAACGAGGAGCAAGGGAUGGUCACCCAGUGGCAGAAUCUCUUCUACGAGGAUCGCUACGCUCACACCCACCAGAAGAACCCCGAUUUCGUCAUGCUGUCGCAGUCGAUGGGCGUGCCCGCCCAGCGCACCAACAACCCCGCCGAGCUUGAGGAGAAGCUCAAGUGGCUGAUUGAGAGCGACGGGCCGGCCCUGCUGGAAGUUUUCACCGACAAGAAGGUCCCCGUCCUGCCCAUGGUGCCUGUUGGGUCUGGUCUGCAUGAAUUCCUUGUUUACGACGAAGCCAAGGAGAAGGCGAGAAAGGAGCUGAUGAAGCAGCGUGGUGUCAAGCAUAUGAGCCAGUAG